AUGGCAGAUCCAGACUCUCCGUCUCCAGCUGAGGUUCCACAGGGAGGACGGCCGUCCAUCGUUCCCCCACACAGCAGCUGCCGGGCCGGGCUGAGCGGCUCCGCUCCGUCCCCGGACACGGAGCUCCAGGCGGGAGGGCAGGGACGGAGGUCUGGCCCAGAACGGAGCCUCGGUCCUGGGCUGAGGAGCCACACUGGACCUGGGAGGGAGGAAGAUGUGGCGGCCAGACGACACCGGCCAAUAGGAGGCCAGAGCCUGACAGCCGUUGAUCACAUGACUUGUGCCUCCUCGGUGAGGAACCAGAAACAGCCACAGGAGGCGCUGUGGCGCUCUGAGGUAGUUCUCAGCCUCAGCAGGCUGCUGCUGUUUGGAACACCUGUAAAAACCAGAGACGUUCCAGUCCGACCUCAGAGAUGGGGUUGGAUUCUGGCCGUCACUGUCGAGCUGACUGGCAUCAGCUUCGUCCUGAUGGUGGCCGGUAAAAGGAUGUUGCUGCUGUCCAAUGAGGCGAGGAGAGAGAUAGCCAAGCAGGCCAGAGCCAUGAAGGAGGAGAGGCGAGCAGCGCUGGACGCCCGACACGAACACCUGAUGGGCAGGCUGGUGGAUGCUGGGACGCUGCAGCAGCCGGAGGUGGAGGACGCCCUCAUCUCUGAUGACAAGUUCUGCCUGAUCGAUGAUUUCUUUGCUGCAAAUGGAUCCAGGAAGCUGAUUUUCUUCUGUCAGAGCGUGAAGCAGAGUCUGGCCUCCUCUCAGCCCUGCUUCAUGGAGUCGAGCUCAGCUGUGGCUCAGAGGAAACUCUUCCUGUCGACUGGCAGCUCUGAGCCUUUACUGGGGAAAUGUCUGUUCUUCCUGAGAACCACCGACAAGGCGAUAACCGCCGCCAACGUCCAGCAGGAGGUGACCUUGGGCGUGUUGGACUGCAGCGACGGCAGCUUCCUCAGCAGUCUGGAAACCCUGCUGGCUGGCAUCAUGCUACCGGCCCUCCGGUCCCAGCAGACGUGGGGCUCUGUGCCGGAGGCGGCAUCCUGCCCUCAUGUCCACGGCUUUCUGUCCUCGGUGGAUCGGUUUGUCUGGAAUCUGAGCUCAGCCAGGAUCAACAUGGAGAGGAAGUUCCAGCUGCAGCAGGUGGAGCUGCCUGACGUCAUCAGCCAGCUGAGCAGCCCUGCAGACUACACCGCUGCAGCCAGUAACGGCGAGCUGGUGGAGCGUCUGGAGGGCGUGGCCUCGGUGUGGACCAAUCAGAUCAAGCAGGUGCUGACGGAGAGCGAACAGAUCAGGAAGGAGGCCGAUGACGUCGGACCGUCGGCCGAGCUGCAGCACUGGAAGAGACGCAUGGUCACCUUCAGCAGUCUGAUGGAGGAAGUGAAGCGUCCUCAGGUGAAAAGGACUCUGGGAGUUCUGCAGGUCGCCAAGUCCCGGAUGCUUCGAGCCUGGAGAGAGCUGGAUGCGGACAUCACUGUGGUGGCCAACGAGGCGAAGGACAACGUGAGGUAUCUGUCCACCCUGGACAGGUUCUUCGGACCGCUGGGGAAAUGCACUCUGACCAGCACGCUGCAGCACGUUCCCAGUCUGAUGAGCAGCAUCCGGAUGAUCCACAGCGUCUCGCAGCACUACAACACCUCAGACAGGAUGACCGCCCUGCUGCUCAGCGUCUCCAACCACAUGAUCGCCACCUGCAGGAGCCACCUGUCGCAGGGCGUGAGCCGCCUCUGGGACCUGAGCAGGCCGGUGCUGCUGCAGAGAAUCUCCGACUGCUGCCACCUGAAGGUGGCGUAUCAGAGGAGCUUCCAGAGCGUCCGAGAUCAACUGAGAGAGAAGCCUGAGCAGCGACAGUUUGACUUCAGUGAGAACUACAUCUUUGGGCGGUUUGAGGCUUUCUGCAGGCGUCUGGAGAAGAUCGCUGACAUGGCGUCCACCCUGGAGAGCCUGGCUGCUCUGCAGAACAUGAAGGUGGAGGGGGUGGAGGAGAUCCGCGUUCGCUGUCAGAGCAUCGUGUCGGCGACCGAGUCCAAGAGCUACGACAUCCUGGACCACCGCAGGCCCGAGUUUGACAGUGACUUUGCAGACUUCCGGUUCCAGGUCCAGACGGUGUUUCAGUCUCUUCAGUCUCUGCUGGAGUUCUGGUUCAGCCGGUGUGUCACUCUGGAGGAGGCGCUGCAGCAGCUGGUGGCGCUCGAGUCCGGUCCGGUGGCCCAUCUGGACCUGCAGCGCUUCUACCUGCUGCUGCUGCAGCGCUACAGCGGAGAGCUGGAGCUGCUGAGGAGAACCUACCAGAGGGAUCGAGACGGACCUCCCACCGGACGCAACCUGCCACCGGUGGCCGGCAGGAUCCUGUGGUGUCGUCAGCUCUUCAGGAGGCUGGAAGCUCCCAUGCUGGUCCUGAAGAAGAAGCUGGACGUCCUCCAGGGACCGCAGGCGACCCAGCUGAUCCGCAGCUACAACAGGACGGCCGUGGUGCUGCUGCAGUAUGAGGCGCUGCACCUGCAGGGCUGGAGGCAGGCUGCAGAGGGCGCCCCGUAUCGCCUCAGCGCCGCCCUGCUGGUCCGGCACGAAAACAGCAAGGCCCUCUACGUGAACCUGGACCCUGUGGUUCUGGAGGUGCUGCAGGAGGCCCGGUGGAUGACCAGGCUGGGUGUGACGGUGCCACCGGUCAUCCUCAAAAUGGCCUCCAGAGAGGUGGCGCUCAAAGCUCUGCACAGCCGGCUGCUCCAGCUGCUCCAGGACUACAGCUCGGUGCUGGCCAGCAUCCCUGCCCUCCUGGUCCCUGUCCUGCAGCCCUUCAUCAGCCGGGUGGAGGCGGCGCUCUCCCCUGGACUCACCACGCUGUCCUGGACCGCUCUCAGCACCGACGCUUUCAUAGACGGCGUGUACGCGGCUCUCACAGAACUGGACCAGGUUGCCAAAAUGGCCACGGACCUGCUGGACUGUCGCAUCGCUCGCCUGCUCCAGUCCAUGUCGUCCUGCCGCCUGCUGCUGCUGCCUGAAGACUCACCUGUCUCAGCUGAGGAGCUGCUGCAGCAGACGGACGGAUCAGUGCGGGCCGCCGCCGCCGCCCUGAGCCGGUCGCAGAGUCAGCAGGUGGAGAUGCUGGUGUUUGAGCUGGUCGACGAGCUGAAGAGGAAGAUGAAGGCGACGGACGCCGUUAGCCUGCAGGUAACGGUGACGCCACCCAGACAACCGAGCCGAGUCGGCGCCGCGACUCCACCGUUAAACCUCUGGUCUCGUCCUCAGGGGUCCUUCCAGUGUCUCCAUCCAGACUCCAGACACAAGAGCCGCUGCCUGGCCUGUCUUCCCUGUCGCUUCUACAACCUGAUUGGUCACCUGUGUCACCGGAACGCCGAGGCGCUGCUCACAGCCGUCAGACGCAGCCUGGAGGCCCUGACCAGGCGGCUCUCUGCUCCUGGCCCUCUGCUCAGAGCCUCCGUCCGCCGGUGCAGCGGCGGCGUGGAGCCGAAUCCCAGCCUGGAGCAGCUGCAGACUGCAGUGAACCAGGUGCUGACCACCUUGCUGUCUGCAACCAAUCACGUCCCUCUGUGGAGCUACACUCACCUGCAGCUCAGGCAGCAGCAGGUGGAGCAGGCGGCGGCUCCUGAUGCAGGUGAGGACGUCCAGGUGAAACCGGCGGUGCUGCGACCGCUGGACAGACAGCUGGCCGAACACAGAGACGUGUCCAAGCUACUGGUGCUGCUCGGCUCCGUCGUGUCGGCUCUGAAGGCUGCGGCUGCCGAAGCCCUGAGUCAGCUCACCGGACUCUCUGCUCUGUGGGACCAGGACCCGGAGCAGCAGCUGCAGGACUUCCUGCGCAGAGAUCCGUCGCUGCAGGAGUUCAGCGCUCACGUCUGCUGCUACUCUAAGCUGGAGGAGCAGAUCGCGGAGCUGCCGGCCUUUCUCACCGUGGGUCCGGUUCUUCUCGACACCGACCAGCUGAAGCUGGCGCUCGCUCACGAGUGUCGUCUCCACAAACGAGCCUUCGGCGCCGCGCUGAACCGCCGGGCGUCCGCUGACAUGAACGCCGUCUUCUCAUUGGUGGAGGGGCUGACCAAGCGCCUGCAGCGUCCAAUCACGGACCUGGAGGACGUGGGAGACGCGAUGGCGGCGCUCAGAGAGGUUCGGGAGGAGGAGGCUCGUAUCGACGCCACCAUCGGCCCGGUGGAGGAAUCCUUCGCUCUGCUCGGCAAACACCAGCUGCUCUUCAGCGACGGGAACGCAGAGCGCGUGGAUGGACUGAUGUACGCCUGGAGGAACCUCAACGCUCUGGUGGUGCAGAACCAGAACGUCCUGGUGGAGAUUGAACCCAGCAUGAAGGCCGAGCUGCUGAGCGCAGUGCGGAGCUUCCAGAGCAGCGUCGACAGCUUCUGCUCCGACUACAGCCUCAGGGGCCCCGGCGUGGACGGCGCCGCCCCGGCUGAAGCCAGCGAGCGUCUGCAGAGCUUCCAGGCCGAGUUCGAGCAGCUGUGGGAUAAAUACACGACCUACUCGGCAGGGGAGGAGCUGUUCGGACUGCCGCCUCACGAGUUUCCUGAGCUGCACCGGAUCCGGAGGGAGCUCUCUCUGCUGUCCAGACUCUACUCUCUGUACAACUCGGUCACCGGCAGCGUCGCCGGCUACUACGACCUCCUGUGGGCGGAGCUCAACAUCGACAAGGUCAACGCGGAGCUGCAGGACUUCCAGAACAGAUUAGUCCCUGAACCACCCGGUCCUGGUUUCCACAGAGGUCUGACCAUCAAAGCUAACGCCGUGCUGCCCAGACACUGGACUCGCCUCAGCCAUCUGACCGGCCACAGCUUCCAGGUGGAAUCAGAGAGUUUCUCCCUCAGAAACAUCAUGGAGGCGCCGCUGCUGAAAUACAAGGAAGACAUCGAGGACGUGUGCAUCGGCGCCGUGAAGGAGCAGGACAUCGAGGCCAAGCUGAAGGACGUCGCGGCCGAGUGGAGCAGCCGGACGCUCAGCUUCGCCACCUUCAGGACCAGAGGGGAACUGCUGCUCCGAGGGGCCGAGACCGCCGAGAUCGUCUCCGUGAUGGAGGACAGUCUGAUGGUGCUGACGUCGCUGCUGAGCAACAGGUACAACGCUCCGUUCAAGCCGUCCAUCCAGCUGUGGGUCCAGAAACUCUCCAACGCCUCCGAGGUCAUCGAGAAGUGGCUGUCGGUUCAGAACCUGUGGAUCUACCUGGAGGCGGUGUUCGUGGGCGGCGACAUCGCCAAGCAGCUGCCUCAGGAGGCCAAACGCUUCCAGAACAUCGACAAGUCCUGGCAGAGGAUCAUGCAGCGAGCGCACGAGCUUCCCAACGUGGUGCAGUGCUGCGUGGGAGACGAGGCGCUCAGCCAGCUGCUGCCUCACCUGCUGGAGCAGUUGGAACUCUGUCAGAAGUCUCUGUCCGGUUACCUGGAGAAGAAACGCCUGGUGUUUCCACGCUUCUUCUUCGUGUCCGACCCUGCGCUGCUGGAGAUUCUAGGCCAAGCCUCAGACUCACACACGAUCCAGGCUCACCUGCUCAGCCUCUUUGACAACGUGAACCGAGUUGUUUUCAGUGAGAAGCUCUACGACCAGAUGAUCAGUUUUCAGUCGCAGGAGGGAGAAACCGUGGAUCUGAACCGGCCCGUCCUGGCUCAGGGCAAUGUGGAGGUGUGGUUAGGACAGCUGCUGGCCGGGGUGAGGCUCACCCUCCACGCCAUCAUCCGUCAGGCCCAGUUGGCGGUCGGCGCCCCCGGCCUGAAGCUGCUGGAGUUCCAGUCGGCGUUUCCAGCUCAGGUCGGCCUGCUGGGAAUCCAGAUGAUCUGGACCAGAGAUGCAGAGGAAGCACUCGUCAUCAGCAAGUCUGACAAGAAGAUCAUGCAGACGACCAAUCAGAAGUUCCUGGACAUCCUCAACGAGCUGAUCGACAUGACGACGAAGGAGCUGAGCAGGAACGAGAGGACCAAGUACGAGACGCUCAUCACCAUCCACGUCCACCAGAGAGACAUCUUUGACGACCUGGUGCGUCUGAACGUGCGAUCGGCGUCAGACUUCGAAUGGCAGAAACAGUCGAGGUUUUACUUCGUGGAGGAAACGGACAGAUGUGUCAUCCAGAUCACCGAUGUGGAGUUCAGCUACUGCAACGAAUAUCUGGGCUGCACAGACAGGCUGGUCAUCACCCCGCUGACAGACAGGUGCUACAUCACUCUGGCCCAGGCCCUGGGGAUGAGUAUGGGCGGAGCUCCGGCCGGUCCAGCAGGUACAGGUAAAACGGAGACCACCAAAGACAUGGGCCGCUGUCUGGGGAAGUACGUGGUGGUCUUCAACUGUUCUGACCAGAUGGACUACAGAGGCCUGGGUCGCAUCUACAAAGGUCUGGCUCAGUCCGGAGCCUGGGGCUGCUUCGAUGAGUUCAACCGCAUCGAGCUGCCGGUGCUCUCUGUCGCCGCUCAGCAGAUCUACAUCGUCCUGCAGUGCAAGAAGAACAAGAAGAAGCAGUUCGUCUUCACCGACGGCGACGUGGUCGACAUGGACCCAGAGUUCGGCAUCUUCCUCACAAUGAACCCCGGUUACGCCGGCCGCCAGGAGCUGCCCGAGAACCUGAAGAUCCAGUUCCGCACGGUGGCCAUGAUGGUUCCGGACCGAGCCAUCAUCAUGAGGGUCAAACUGGCCAGCGCAGGUUUCCGGGACAACCAGGUUCUCAGCAGGAAGUUCUACACCCUGUACAAGCUGUGUGAGGAGCAGCUGUCCAAACAGGUCCAUUACGAUUUUGGUCUGAGGAACAUUUUGUCGGUUUUGAGGACGCUGGGAUCCGUGAAGAGGUCGAACCCUUCAGAACCGGAGAAGACGGUGGUGAUGAGGGUCCUGAGAGACAUGAACCUCUCCAAGCUGGUGGAUGAAGACGAGCCUCUGUUCAUGAGUCUGAUCAACGACCUGUUUCCUGGCAUCGUUCUGGACAAAGCAGGUUAUCCCGACCUGGAGGCGUCCAUCGUCCGUCAGGCCCAGCAGGCCGGGCUGAUCCCUCAUCCCCCCUGGACCCUCAAGCUGGUCCAGCUCUACGAGACGCAGAGAGUCCGGCACGGGAUGAUGGCGUUGGGCCCCAGCGGCGCCGGGAAGUCGGCCUGCAUCCUCACGCUGAUGAAGGCCAUGGGGGAGUGCGGCGCCCCCCACAGGGAGAUGAGGAUGAACCCCAAAGCCGUGACGGCGUCGCAGAUGUUCGGCACGCUGGACGUCACCACCAACGACUGGACGGACGGCGUCUUCUCCACGCUGUGGAGGAAAACUCUGAAGGCCAAGAAGGGGGAAAACAUCUGGAUCGUGCUGGACGGUCCUGUGGACGCCAUCUGGAUUGAGAACCUGAACUCAGUUCUGGACGACAAUAAAACCCUGACGCUGGCGAACGGAGAUCGAAUCCCCAUGGCGCCCUGCUGCAAGAUUGUCUUUGAACCCCACAACAUCGACAACGCCUCCCCGGCCACGGUGUCCAGGAACGGGAUGGUGUUCAUGAGCUCGUCGGUGCUCGGCUGGAGCUCCAUCCUGCAGGCCUGGCUACAGAAACUACCGGAGCAGCAGGCCGACUCCCUGAAACGCUGCUUCCACUGCUGCUACCAGGACUUGCUGGACUUUGUGUCCACUGCUGUGUCUCCCAAGAUGCAGGUUCUGGAGUGUAUGUACAUCAGACAGACUAUCGACCUGCUGCAGGGUUUGCUCCCAGCGGUGGAGGACAAACAGGGUUGCCAUGGGGACGUGGGUCGACUGUUUGUUUUUGCGGUCAUGUGGUCUCUGGGCGCCCUGCUGGAGCUGGACGACCGAGCCAAGAUGGAGGCCUUCCUGAAGGGCUACAGCUCGUCUCUGGACCUGCCGCCCACUCAGGACGAGCAGACCAUGUUUGAGUUCACGGUUGGAGAGCAGGGGCAGUGGCAGCACUGGUCCGAUAAGGUCCCGGACUACGUCUACCCCAAAGACCACGUCCCCGACUACUCGUCCAUCUUGGUUCCCAACGUGGACAACGUGAGGACGGACUUCCUGAUGCGGACCAUCAUGAAGCAGGGGAAGGCUGUGCUGCUGAUCGGGGAGCAGGGAACCGCCAAGACCGUCAUGAUUAAAGGCUACACGGGUAAGCUCGACCCAGAGCUCCACCUCAGUAAGACGCUGAACUUCUCGUCGGCCACGCUGCCCGGCAUGUUCCAGAGGACCAUUGAGAGCUACAUCGAUAAACGGAUGGGCGCCACCUACGGGCCGCCGGCCGGACGCAGGAUGACCGUCUUCAUAGACGACAUCAACAUGCCCGUGAUCAACGAAUGGGGAGACCAGAUAACCAACGAGAUCGUGCGUCAGCUGAUGGAGCAAAGAGGCUUCUACAGCUUGGAUCGUCCAGGAGAGUUCAUCACCGUGGUGGACGUUCAGCUGGUGGCGGCCAUGAUCCACCCCGGCGGCGGUCGCAACGACAUCCCUCAGCGCCUGAAGAGGCAGUUCUCCGUCUUUAACUGCACGCUGCCCUCCAACUCGUCCAUCGAUAAGAUCUUCGGCACCGUGGCUCAGGGAUACUUCUGCCCAGAGAGAGGCUUCCCUCAGGCGGUCUGUGAGCUCGCCGCCGCCCUCGUCGCCUCCACCAGGCGGGUGUGGCAGGCCGUGAAGGCCAAGAUGUUACCGUCUCCUGCCAAGUUCCACUACAUCUUCAACCUGAGGGACCUGAGCAGAAUCUGGCAGGGGAUCCUCACAGUGAAGUCUGAGGUGUGUCGCAGCUCUGAUCUGCUCGCUGCUCUCUUCCAUCACGAGUGCAGCAGAGUGAUCGCCGACCGAUUCGUCGACAGCAGCGACAGACAGACGUUCACCUCCAUCAUGGAGAAGAUCACAGUGGAGGAUCAUGGGAGGGCGCUGACUGAGCAUGCUCAGUGGAACAGCUGCUUUGUGGACUUCCUGCGUGACGCCCUGGAGGCGACAGGCGACGACCCAGAAGAGACAGAACUGGAGGCUCCGAAGGUGUAUGAGCCAGUCCCGUCGCUGGAUGUUCUGGCGGAGCGGCUGGCGCUGUUCCAGCAGCAGUACAACGAGGCGGCGAGAGGCGGAGCCAUGGACCUGGUGUUCUUCAAGGACGCGAUGAAGCACCUGAUGCGGAUCUCUCGCAUCCUGAGGACUCCGCAGGGAAACGCCCUGCUGGUCGGGGUCGGCGGGUCGGGGAAGCAGAGCCUGACGAGGCUGGCGUCCUUCAUCGCUGGAUACCAGACCUUCCAGAUCACCCUGACCAGGUCGUACAGCAGCAGCAACCUCCUGGAGGACCUGAAGUUUCUGUACCGUGUUGCCGGUCAGCAGGGAAAAGGCGUCACGUUCAUCUUCACCGACAACGACAUCAAGGACGAAUCCUUCCUGGAGUACAUGAACAACGUCCUGGCGAGUGGCGAGGUCUCCAACCUGUUUGCUCGCGACGAGCUGGACGACAUCGGCCAGGACCUGGUUCCCGUCAUGAAGCGGCACAGUCCUCGCCGAGCUCCAACCCCGGAGAACCUCCACGACUUCUUCCUGUCCCGAGUGCGCAGCAACCUCCACGUCGUCCUCUGCUUCUCGCCCGUCGGGGAGAAGUUUCGCACUCGAGCCUUGAAGUUCCCGGGUCUCGUGUCGGGCUGCACCGUGGACUGGUUCCAGCGCUGGCCCCGGGACGCCCUGACCGCCGUGUCGCAUCACUUCCUUUCUCAGUACCAGGACCUGCGCUGCUCCGAGGACAUGAGGCGGAGCGUGGUGGUCGCCAUGGGAACCUUCCAGGACCUGGUGGCCGAGAAGUGCGGCGAGUAUUUCGAGCGUUUCCGCCGCCCGACAUUCGUGACGCCGAAGUCCUUCCUGUCCUUCAUCGACAGCUACAAGGUCAUCUACGGCGAGAAGAUCGCGCACGUCGGCACGCUGGCCGAGCGCAUGAAGACAGGUCUGUGUAAGCUGAUGGAGGCGGAGCAGGAGGUGUCUCGGCUCUCCGACCAGCUGCUGCUGAAGGAGCAGGAGCUCGCCGUCGCCUCCCGGAGGGCAGAAGGAGUCCUGCAGGAGGUCACGGCUAAAGCUCAGGCUGCUGAGAAGGUGAAGCAGCAGGUGCAGAAGGUGAAGGACAAAGCUCAGCUCAUCGUGGACGAGAUCGAAGCCGACAGAACGGCAGCAGAGUCCAAGCUGGAGGCGGCCAAGCCGGCGCUGGAGGCCGCCGAGGCUGCACUGCAGACCAUCAGACCUGCUGACAUCUCCACCGUCAGGAAGCUGCAGAAACCUCCUCACCUCAUCAUGAGGAUCAUGGACGCCGUGCUGCUGCUGUUCCAGAGGAAGAUCGAGCCGGUGACCGCCGACCCUGAGCGCCCGUGUCCUCGCCCUUCGUGGGCCGAAGCCAUGAAGCUGAUGCAGAACUCGUCCUUCCUCCACCAGCUGCUCAGCUUCAGCAAGGACUCCAUCACAGCGGAGGUGGUGGAGCUGCUCGCGCCCUACCUGGACAUGGACGACUACAACAUGGAGUCGGCCAAGAGGAUCUGCGGGAACGUGGCGGGCCUCUGCUCCUGGACCCAGGCCAUGGUGGACUUCUUCAGCAUCAACAAGGAGGUGCUGCCUCUGAAGGCUAACCUGGCCCUGCAGGAGGCUCGUCUGCUGGUUGCUCAGGCUGAACUCGCUAAAGCUCAGGAUCAGCUGGACGCUAAACAGCAGGAGCUGGACGCUGUGCAGGCUCUCUACGACGCUGCCAUGAAGGAGAAGCAGGACCUGCAGGACGACGCCCAGACCUGCCGCCGCAAGAUGUCCAACGCCACAGCUCUGAUCGACGGGCUGGGAGGAGAGAAGGUCCGCUGGACCGACAGCAGCGCUGGGUUCCAGACUCAGAUCAGAAACCUGGUGGGGGACGUCCUUCUGUCCACGGGCUUCCUGUCCUACGCCGGACCCUUCAACCAGGAGUACCGCCGGCUGCUGCUGGAGCUGUGGAAGAAGGACAUGGAGGACAAACGCAUCCCCUUCAGCCCUGGCCUGAACGUGAUUGGUCUGCUGGUGGACGGCGCCACGGUGAGCGAGUGGAACCUGCAGGGUUUGCCCGGCGACGACCUGUCCGUGCAGAACGGCAUCGUGGUGACGAAGGCGUCCCGCUACCCGCUGCUGAUCGACCCCCAGGGCCAGGCCAAGACCUGGAUCCAGAACCGAGAGCGGGAACAGCAGCUGCAGGUGACGUCUUUGAACCACAAAUACUUCCGUUCCCACCUGGAGGACAGUCUGUCUCUGGGGCGCCCCCUGCUGCUGGAGGACGUGGGGGAGGAGCUGGACCCCGUCCUGGACAACGUCCUGGACAAGAACUACAUCAGGUCCGGAUCCACUUACAAGGUGAAGGUUGGAGAUAAGGAGGUGGAUGUGAUGCAGGGCUUCAGGCUGUACAUCACCACCAAGCUGGCCAACCCGGCCUACAGCCCCGAGGUCAGUGCCCGGACGGCGGUGGUGGACUUCACGGUGACCCGGCGAGGCCUGGAGGACCAGCUGCUGGGCCGAGUCAUCCUGCUGGAGAAGCAGGAGCUGGAGGCGGAGCGAGUGAAGCUGCUGGAGGAGGUGACGUCCAACAGGAGGAGGAUGCAGGAGCUGGAGGACAGCCUGCUGCUCCGGCUCACCAGCACCCAGGGCUCCCUGGUGGAGGACGAGUCCCUGAUCCAGGUCCUCCGGGUCACCAAGAGCACGGCUCAGGAGGUGAGUGAGAAGCUGUCGGUUGCCGCGGACACGGAGGUGAAGAUCACCCGGGCCAGGGAGGAGUACCGGCCGGUGGCCACCAGGGGCAGCAUCCUCUACUUCCUGGUGGUGGAGAUGUCGCUGGUGAACGUCAUGUAUCAGACGUCGCUGCGGCAGUUCCUGGGGCUGUUCGACUCGUCCAUGAGGAACUCCGCCAAGAGUCAGCUGACGUCCAAACGCAUCAGCAGCAUCGUCGACUUCCUCACCUGCCAGGUGUUCUGCUACACAGCCAGAGGUCUGUAUGAGGAGCACAAGCUGCUCUUCACUCUGCUGUUGGCUCUGAAGAUCGACCUGCAGGCCCGAAACAUCUCGCAGCCCGAACUGCUCACCUUCAUCAAAGGUGGUGCCUCUUUGGACCUGAACUCUGUAGAACCUAAACCUCGACGCUGGAUCUUGGACCAGACGUGGCUGAAUCUGGUGCAGCUGUCCGCCCUUCCUCCCUUCAGCCGGAUCCUGAUCCAGGUGAACCAGAACGAGCGAUCCUGGAGGACGUGGUUUGACCAGCCGGCGCCCGAAGAAGCUCCGCUGCCCGACGGGUACGAGGAGAAGCUGGACGCCUUCCGGAAGCUUCUGCUCAUCCGGAGCUGGUGUCCCGACCGAACCACCGCUCAGGCUUGGCACUACAUCUCCGAGUCUCUGGGUCAACGGUACGCUGAGGGUUUGGUUCUGGACCUGGACGCCAUGUUGGCAGAGAGCGACAACAGGACGCCGAUGGUCUGUCUGCUGUCGAUGGGCUCCGACCCGACGGAGAACAUAGAGAGACUGGCCAAGAGCAAGGGGGCGCCGUGCCGUCCCAUCUCCAUGGGGCAGGGCCAGGAGGUUCACGCUCGCAGGCUAUUGGCCAACAGCAUGACGGACGGCGGCUGGCUCCUCCUCCAGAACUGCCACCUGGGACUGGACUUCCUGGACGAGCUGCUGGAGACGGUCACCGCGGCGACACCGGACGACGUGCACGCAGGUUUCCGGGUGUGGCUGACGACCGACGUGCACGACAGGUUCCCCAUCACGUUCCUUCAGUCGUCCAUCAAGUUCACCAACGAACCUCCUCUAGGUGAGGUCCAGUAUGGCGGCCGGGUGACCGAUGACCUGGACAAACGUCUGCUCAACACCUUCACCCGUGUCUGGUUCGGUGGGAACACCUUCAGUGACAAGUUCUGCUUCUAUCGGGGCUACAGCAUCCCAGCCGAGGCCCGGACGGUCCAGGACGUCCUGCAGCACAUCGACGCCCUUCCGCUGGUCGACUCCCCGGAGGUGUUUGGGCUCCACCCCAACGCUGACAUCACCUACCAGACCAACCUGGCCAAUGAGACGCUCAGCACCAUCAUCAGCAUCCAGCCCAAGGACGGCGGGGGCGGGGCUGGAGAGACCAGGGAGGCCAGCGUGCAGAGACUGGCCAAUGAGAUGCUGGAGAAGCUGCCACCUGACUACGUACGGCAUGAGGUCAAAGGUCAACUGCAGAAGAUGGGUCCUCUUCAGCCAAUGAACAUCUUCCUCCGCCAGGAAGUGGACCGCAUGCAGCGGGUCAUCAGCAGCGUACGGAGCACGCUCAGUGACCUGAAACUGGCCAUCGACGGCUCCAUCAUCAUGUCGCAGGACCUGCGCGACGCCCUCGACUGCGUGUUCGACGCCCGGAUCCCCCGUCUGUGGCUCCGCCUCAGCUGGCCGUCGGCCUCGCUGGGCUUCUGGUUCACGGAGCUGCUGGAGAGGAACCAGCAGCUCCACGCCUGGAUCAGCGCCGGCCGACCAAACCAGUUCUGGCUCACCGGCUUCUUCAACCCGCAGGGUUUCCUGACCGCCAUGCGUCAGGAGACGACUCGCUCCAACCUGUCCAGGGGCUGGGCCUUGGAUACCGUCACCCUUAGCAACGACGUCACCAAGAUGAUGAGGGAGGACGUGUCGGCCCCGCCCCCCGAGGAUGUGGGCGGAGUCUACAUCCACGGCCUCUUCCUGGACGGGGCGGGAUGGGACCGGCGGGGCGCCAAGCUGGCCGAGGCGCCGCCCAAGGUCCUCUUCACUCCCCUCCCGGUUGUCCACGUGUACGCCGUCAACGCAGCCAACAUGGCCGACAGGAAGCAGCCUGCUGGCGGCGGCGUGGCGGCGCUCAGCCUGUACUCGUGUCCCGUCUAUAAGAAGCCGCGGCGGACCGACCUGAACUUCGUCUUCUGCCUGCAGCUGAGGAGCGUCCAGCCGGCGGAUCACUGGACGCUGCGAGGCGCCGCGCUGCUCUGUGACUGCAAGUAAUCAGAUUACUGCGAGGGCUUCACAGAUCUGCUGCUGUGGCUUCCAGGUGUUCCUACCCGACACAGUUAACGGUCUGAUGUGAGUCAGCCUGAGCAGAGGGUCGGUGGAGGACGGGUCGGACCACGUCAGCCGGACCACGUCCAGAGAAGCUGGGUUUUGGUUCUGAGUGUUUUUGUGCUUCAGUUAGUUUUUCAGGUUAAAGCCUGACGAGGUGUGACUCCACGGCUCGGUCCAAUCAGCUGUGUGUGAUUCUACAACUAAUUAAAUAAAAGCAGCAGCUCACGUUCA